GAAAUUCAUUCGUAAACAUGUUUAGAGUUUCUCAAAAACUCCCUUUAGCAUUUCUAUCCUCGUUUGGCUUUCCUUCUUCCACAAUUGCAUAUAGGUUUUAUACAACUGUAAAACCAAAUUUAAAACUUUUACAACAAUUACGCCAAGAAACGCAAGUUAGUAUUACAAAAGCAAAAGAAGCGUUAACAAAGCAUGAUAAUGAUUAUGACGUAGCAUUAUCGUGGAUUUUAGAAGAUUCUAAAACUAGUGGUGUUGCUAAAGCUGAAAAACUUAAAGGAAGAGUUGCUAAAGAAGGAUUGAUUGGAAUUGUAUUAACAAAAGGAAAAGAAGUUAUGGGAAAUACGAGAGGUGCAAUUGUUGAGGUAAAUUGCGAAACUGACUUUGUUUCGCGUAAUACUCUUUUCCAACAAUUUGUUACUCAAAUCGCAUCUACAUCUCUUUUACUAUCUUCCGAUAUUGCGCCUAUUUAUUCGUCAUCUUCCAAUUCUGCCCCAUUCAUUCAAUCAAUACCACUUUCACUUCUCCAAUCUUCACCUCUGCUUCCUCAUCCAUCAACUUCAUCAUCUUUUGCUAAUCUUUCUUUAACUACCAUUCAAGAAUCUAUAUCAGAACUUGUAACUAAAUUAGGUGAAAACAUUAGUUUACGUAGAGCUGAAGCCGUAAUGUUUCCAGAUAAUAACGAAUCUUCAAAUGAAAAUAGUUACAUUUUGACGGGUGGUUAUGUUCAUGGUGAUGAUUCAUAUACAGGAAGAAUUGGAGGAUUAGUUGUUAUAAAAUUAUUAGGUAGACCUGCAAAACAAAAUCAAAAUUCCCUAUACUCUUCAGAACAUAUAGCUAAAUUAUUGAGAAAUUUAUCCAGACAGGUUGUUGGAUUUAAUCCCAAGUACAUUAGCAAAAAUGACAUUAAAGCAAUUCAAGAUGGAAUUAAUAGGGAUGAUUAUAUAAAAGAAAAUGUUUUAUUAAAUCAAGAUUUUUUAAUUGGAGGUGGCAGUGUAAAAGAUGUUAUAGGGAAAAUAGAAAAAGAGUUAGGAGUUGCGAUUGAAAUAAUAGAUUUUAGAAGAUGGGAGCGUGGGGAAGGAAUAAAAAAAUCGGAAGGAGAUUUUGCUAAAGAAGUUAUGAAUCAAGCAAGUUUAUUUUAAAUAAUAAAAAUCAG